AUGAAGCGCUCGAACCCUUCAGCGCGCGGAAGGAGGCGCGGCGAUCUAGCGUUUUACUUCUGGAUCAUCGCGCACAUCGCGCUCGCCUUCCUUCUCGUCGCUUCCGUCGGCGCGCUGGACCGUCCACCGCGGGGUCGUCGCGAUGGGCGGACGAGCGCGGAAUCGGGGGAUGCGCAAUCGCUCGCGGUCGGCGCCGCGACGACGCGGGGAUACCGGCGCAGGGCGCUCGCAUCCAACGCGACGGAUCCGCAUCCAACGCCGCCGCCGCCGCCGCCGCCGUCUCCCGCCGCGAACGCGUCGUCGCCGGCGCGGGCUGAACUCGUGAACGCCGACGGCGGGACAACCUCGAGGUCUCGCGAAACCUCGGGCUCGGACCGGGCCGCCGUCGGCGGCGACGCGUCGACCGGCGUCGAAGGAGGAACCGGCGCGGACCAAGAAGGGGCGGCAUACGUCGUGGACGAAGACGCGAGAGCGCUGGCGAGGGACGACGACGACCGGAGCGUCGGGUACGGCGCGAGGGAAUUGGUUCCCUUCGCGGUUGGCGUGGCGGCGCUGUCGUUUGUAAUUCUGAUGUGCUUUGACACCCUCGUGGCGCUGACGCUGCUGCUGUGCCUCGGCGCGGUGGUCGCGGCGUGCGUCAUGGUGUUGAACAACUCGGAGGACGACACGCGAUGGCGCGACGACGAGUUCAACGGCCCGAUGUGA